UUGGAAGGCAGAUGAAAUGCCAGGUCUGCUCUGCCUCUGGGGAUAGCAAGGCUGCCUCAUAAUGGGAACCAAUACUUGCACGACUUGUGGCCAAUAACAUCUAAAUCAACAUCAGGAAAACACAGGACUCCACCUUUUUUUUCCUUUUUUUCUUUUUUUUUUUAUCUGUUGCUCUGGUGUGGUCUUAGAUCUUUGUCUACCUUCAUGUGAAGAAAGAGACUACUGGUGGGCUCUUUCAUUCCCCUGUCCUCUUUAUCCAUCCUCUCUGGAACAGGUUGAUAUAUUGUUUUCCUUUUGCACUGAAGAGUCACUUUUUGGAAUCUCACUCCUCCAUGUACGAUAACUUGUACCUACAUGGAUUUGAAGACUCGGAGGCGGGCUCAGCUGAUUCGUACACAAGCCGACCAUCUGACUCAGAUGUGUCUCUGGAAGAGGAGAAGGAGGGUGGCCGGCAGGAGAGGGAGCAGCAGGCCACUGUUCAGCUCGAGAGAGCAAAGAGUAAAGCAGUGGCAUUUGCUGUGAGGACCAAUGUUAGUUAUUGCGGUGCGUUAGAUGAGAAUGUCCCUGUGGCUGGCACUGCUGUCUCUUUUGAUGCCAAGGACUUCCUUCACAUCAAAGAGAAGUACAAUAAUGACUGGUGGAUUGGCCGCCUGGUGAAAGAGGGCUGCGACAUUGGCUUCAUCCCAAGCCCGUUAAAGCUGGAAAACAUCAGACUUCAGCAGGAACAGAAGAGAGGACGCUUCCAUGGCAGUAAAUCCAGCGGAAACUCCUCCUCCAGUCUGGGAGAAAUGGUGUCAGGCACGUUCAAACCAAACCCAAACUCGGCAGGAAAGCAGAAACAGAAAGUGGCAGAGCAUGUCCCUCCAUAUGAUGUGGUUCCCUCUAUGAGGCCAGUUGUCCUGGUGGGACCGUCCCUGAAAGGUUAUGAGGUGACAGAUAUGAUGCAGAAAGCGCUGUUUGACUUCCUGAAGCACAGAUUUGAUGGAAGGAUAUCGAUCACAAGGGUAACAGCUGACAUCUCGUUGGCCAAGAGGUCAGUACUUAACAACCCCAGUAAGAGGGCCAUCAUUGAGAGAUCCAACACCCGCUCCAGUCUUGCUGAGGUCCAGAGUGAAAUAGAAAGGAUCUUUGAGCUGGCCAGAUCUCUGCAGCUGGUGGUUUUAGACGCUGACACCAUUAACCACCCAGCACAGCUUAUCAAAACUUCAUUAGCACCCAUCAUUGUCCAUGUUAAAGUGUCCUCACCCAAGGUCCUUCAGCGGCUAAUCAAAUCAAGAGGAAAAUCUCAAAGCAAACAUUUGAACGUGCAGCUUGUUGCAGCAGAAAAACUAGCACAGUGUCCAUCUGAGAUGUUUGAUAUAAUUUUGGAUGAGAACCAGCUGGAGGAUGCCUGUGAACACUUGGCAGAAUACCUGGAGGCAUAUUGGCGUGCUACACACACUUCACUUAGUACGCCACUCAACCCCCUGCUGGGACGCAAUCUGGGCUCCACUGCUCUCUCCCCAUAUCCUGCUGCCAUUCAGGCCCAAAGAAACCGAAACAGCAACCACACAACAACAGACCAUUCACCUGUUGAACGCCGCAGCCUGAUGCCAGCAGAUGAGAACUAUCACAAUGAACGGGCACGCAAGAAUCACAACCGUCUGUCCUCAGACUCACCGCACAGCAGGGACCACUCUCCUCUGGUGGAGGAAGACUACCAGGACCCCUACCAGGACUCUUACAAACCUCAUCGUAACCGAGGAUCACCUGGCGGCUACAGUCAGGACUCCAGGCACCGGGUUUGAGUAGUGGCCUGUUAUAACAUGUAGGUUUUUCUUUAUCGGGAUAUCCACCAUGAACACAAGAGCUGAGGCAGCAUUAACAGCUCUGACACCAUAAAUCUACUGAACUAUAACAACCUCUUAUUUCUGUGUAGUACCUCAUAUUCCCCUUGGCUUUGGCUCCUGCCAAACAGAUAUUUACACUUAAAAAGAAUCCUGCCUCUGCUUUGAUGUGAACAAGGGGCUGGAUCACAAGUAGCACAAGAACAGACAAUAUAUGUUUUAAGAGAAAAGUCAAAGUUCAGUCUGGUUUUAUUAUGCCCCAGAAAGGGCUUAAAAGUGAAGUAAACCAGAAAGUGAAGGUGUGGGAUGUAGGCUGUUUAGGACACGUCCCACCAUCUCAGCUGUUAUUGUAGCAUGUAGGUAGGACUGUAAUUAUAGGUCACUGUCUGACUCAAACCAGUGUUAGACAGUAUCUGCAGAGUUAAUCAGCACAGAAUUUGUUUGAACACAUCCAGGAGCUGGCAGAAGCAGAAUAUAAUGCAUCUCUAACACUCCUAAGUGUGUGCUACUGUUGUCAG